GAAACCGCGUGUUAAUGUAAGCGGCGCGAGAGGCGCGGGCGGCGGCAGGAGCAUCGGCGGGGACCCCGCGUCCCGGGGCAGGAGCCGGGACUCGCCUUCGACGUGGCCGGCAGCAGAGGGAGGCCGAGCGGCAGCGCGCUCUUCGUCGCGUGGACGUUUGCCUCCCGGGUUGUGAGAGAACUUUGCGGCGGCUGGAGCUGGUCUGCCCUUCGCCAAGAGUCGGGGAGGGGAAGGCAGGCGCAGGGAGCGCUGGAGCCGCGGAGCGCGCCCGGCGGCCUGAUGCCCGGGCUGGAGGAGCGGCGGGCCGCCGAGGGGCUGCACCGCGAGCACUAGCCGCGGACCGGAGGGAGGGCGCGUCCUGGCGCGACCCUGCGCAGCCCCCGCUUCGUCCCCGCAGCUCCGCGCCGACCCGGAGACUCCGCAACGCCGCUUGCCGAGCCUCCGGUGACCCGGAGCUCACCGUCGUGGGAGCGGGUGACCUCCCGACCUGAGACGCGGCGUUUGCCGCUGGCUGUCUACGUGGGUUCUAGCCAAGGCGCCACCUGCGCGGCCGCCGCCGCAGGGAGGAGGAGACUCACAGCCCGCCUGCAUUCGUGAGCCGCCAAAGGGAGCGCGGCCGGGGGGCACCGGGUGGAGGACCGCCGUAGGACCCGGCGCCCCCGCUGCGCAGACUCGCAGGAGCGGGGCCGAGGCGCCCGCGAUGUGGUCCUGAGGGCGGGGGCCGCACCCGUCGCGCCCUGGCCUUGUAUCCUGAGCGCCCCGCGCGCCGGCCUGCUGCGCUGCUCCGCGGUUCCCUGCGGGAUUCAAGUUGGAAGUGGCGCGGAGGAUAGAGCUGUCCCGGAACAGAGCCUCGGCUGCCGCCAGAGCGAUGUUCCCGCAGAGCCGGCACCCAACGCCGCACCAGGCUGCAGGCCAGCCCUUUAAGUUCACUAUCCCGGAGUCCCUGGACCGGAUUAAAGAGGAAUUCCAGUUCCUGCAGGCGCAGUAUCACAGUCUUAAGUUGGAGUGUGAGAAAUUGGCAAGUGAAAAGACAGAAAUGCAGAGGCACUACGUGAUGUAUUAUGAAAUGUCAUAUGGAUUAAACAUUGAAAUGCAUAAACAGACUGAAAUCGCCAAGAGAUUGAAUACCAUUUGUGCACAAGUCAUCCCAUUUCUGUCUCAGGAACAUCAACAACAGGUGGCCCAGGCUGUGGAACGUGCCAAACAGGUGACCAUGGCAGAGUUGAAUGCCAUCAUCGGGGUACGUGGCCUACCAGGUCUACCUCCUGCACAGCAGCAGUUACAAGCUCAGCAUCUCUCUCAUGGCCAUGGACCCCCCGUACCUCUCACGCCUCACCCUUCAGGACUUCAGCCUCCUGGCAUCCCGCCCCUUGGGGGCAGUGCCAGCCUUCUAGCACUGUCUAGUGCUCUGAGUGGGCAGUCUCACUUGGCAAUAAAAGAUGACAAGAAGCACCAUGAUGCAGAACGCCACAGAGACAGAGAGCCGGGCACGAGUAAUUCCCUCUUGGUCCCAGACAGCCUAAGAGGCACAGAUAAACGCAGAAAUGGCCCAGAGUUUUCCAGUGACAUCAAAAAAAGGAAGGUGGAUGAUAAGGAUAACUAUGACAGUGAUGGGGACAAGAGUGAUGACAACUUAGUUGUGGAUGUGUCUAAUGAGGACCCUUCUUCUCCACAUGCAAGUCCCACACACUCACCCCGGGAAAACGGAAUUGACAAAAAUCGCCUGCUGAAGAAAGAUGCUUCAGGCAGCCCAGCAUCCACAGCCUCCUCUGGAAGUUCCUCUUCCCUGAAAUCCAAAGAAGUGAGCCUGCAUGAAAAAGCCAACACGCCUGUUCUGAAAUCCAGCACACCAACGCCUCGGAGUGACAUGCCAACCCCGGGCACCAGUGCUACUCCAGGCCUUCGUCCAGGUCUCGGCAAGCCUCCAGCCAUGGAGCCCCUUGUCAACCAAGCAGCAGCUGGCCUGAGGACGCCCUUGGCAGUGCCUGGCCCAUACCCUGCCCCCUUUGGCAUGGUGCCCCACGCAGGCAUGAAUGGAGAGCUGACCAGCCCUGGCGCUGCCUAUGCAGGUCUACACAGCAUGUCUCCACAGAUGAGUGCUGCAGCUGCUGCAGCUGCUGCAGCAGUGGUUGCCUAUGGUCGCUCCCCAAUGGUUGGUUUUGAUCCUCCUCCCCACAUGAGAGUACCUUCCAUUCCCCCAAACCUGGCAGGAAUACCUGGGGGGAAACCAGCGUACUCUUUCCACGUUACUGCCGAUGGCCAGAUGCAGCCUGUCCCCUUUCCCCCUGAUGCCCUCAUUGGACCCGGGAUCCCCCGACAUGCUCGGCAGAUCAACACCCUCAACCAUGGGGAGGUGGUGUGCGCGGUGACCAUCAGCAACCCCACAAGGCACGUGUACACGGGUGGCAAGGGCUGCGUUAAGGUCUGGGACAUCAGCCACCCUGGCAACAAGAGCCCCGUCUCUCAGCUGGACUGCCUGAAUAGAGAUAACUACAUCCGUUCCUGUAAAUUGCUACCUGAUGGCUGUACUCUCAUAGUGGGAGGGGAAGCCAGUACUCUAUCCAUCUGGGACUUGGCAGCUCCAACCCCCCGCAUAAAGGCAGAGCUGACAUCCUCAGCCCCUGCCUGCUAUGCCCUGGCCAUCAGCCCUGACUCCAAAGUCUGCUUCUCAUGCUGCAGUGAUGGCAACAUCGCAGUGUGGGACCUGCACAACCAGACCCUGGUGAGGCAAUUCCAGGGCCACACAGACGGAGCCAGCUGUAUUGACAUUUCUAAUGAUGGCACCAAGCUCUGGACAGGCGGUUUGGACAACACUGUGAGGUCCUGGGACCUGAGAGAGGGGCGGCAGCUGCAGCAGCAUGACUUCACAUCACAGAUCUUCUCCUUGGGAUACUGCCCAACUGGGGAGUGGCUUGCCGUGGGGAUGGAAAGCAGCAACGUGGAAGUUCUGCAUGUGAACAAGCCUGACAAGUACCAGCUGCACCUCCAUGAGAGCUGCGUGUUGUCCCUAAAAUUUGCUUAUUGUGGCAAGUGGUUUGUGAGUACUGGAAAAGACAACCUCCUCAAUGCCUGGCGGACACCAUACGGAGCCAGCAUAUUCCAGUCCAAAGAAUCCUCAUCAGUACUUAGCUGUGACAUUUCUGUGGAUGAUAAAUACAUAGUCACUGGCUCAGGGGACAAAAAGGCUACCGUUUAUGAGGUCAUCUACUGAAAACACUGUGGCUUCAUAUUUACAGUUGAAUUGGGCCAAAUGUUUGGAAUUUGUAGAAAUAGAAAAGUUAUAAUUAAAAAACAAAAACAAACCAACUGAAGAAACCAGUUUCCAAAUGUUGACACAGAACUGCUUUGAGUCUACAAAGAGAAGCAACAAGUCUGUCAAUAGACAGUCACCUGUCUACCUUUGGACACCACAACCACACAGAGGCCACAAGUGUGGGAUAGAGGAGCAAGCUGCUGCCAGUCAGUCACACCUUGCCCAACUGUGAGCUUACUUUUCUGUUCCUUGCAGUUCACUUCGUGUUGAGUCCUCUGUAGAGCGGUGGUGUCUCCAACGAACUUGUUUCUUGGUUUUGCAUCUUGUGUUUUUUUUUUUCUUUUUUGUAAUUUUGUUGGUUCAACAUUUGUAUAAAUUGUAAAUAUAUUUGGUUUAUUACAGUAAAGCCUUUAGUACCAGUAAAUGGUUUUCUUCCUUGACUGUUUUAAAUUAACAUUUUAGAAUUAUGGAUGUGGGUUUUGAGAGUAAAGUCCAUGCACGCAUAGGUAAGUUCUCAGUGCCCUUCUGACUGUGGACAUCUGCUGUAACUGAGACUGAUCCUGACAAGUCCUUGUAGGUCACCAGAGACUUGGGAUCAGAACUGGAACUGUCAGUAAGUGACAGCUUUAAUAGAGGAAGUUGGAAUUACUUUGAUACUCAUUCUUUGAGACUUAUGAUUAAAACUCACAAACUAUUAUCAUGAUUUUUAUUUUGUUCUUAACAGGGAGUCUUACUCCAUAUCCCAGGCUCACUUUGAACUGGUAGCAGUCCUCUUGCCUCAGCUGGGAUUAUAAGUGUGUGCCACCUUUCCUGGCUUUUUUUUCUUUUUUUUUUUUUUUAAUUUAGAUAAUGUUGCAAGCAAUGAGCCUGUUUUCACACAUUCAUCCCUACUGACUUCUUCCCCUUUUUCCUUACCCCAAAGAGACCCCCUUCUGCUUUCAUAUUGCAUAAGUGUGAGUUUGUGUAUAGGGUUAAUUCUAGAUUGUGUGUAUGAGAGAAAAUACAUAAGUUUUUUUAAGGUCACAAAUUAAAGUUCUGUCUUUUACUGGUGUCUCAUUGACAGGCAGAGUCAUUUUUUCCAAGGAAGGCCCAGACUUUUCUUAGUGUUUCAAGAAAUGUAUAGAUGAUUUAUGUUUUGUUUUAUGAUGUGUUCUGUUAGGAAAUCUCUGGAGUUCAUGUCCCUGGAAAAGUGAGGUGGAAAGUCAUCUGGUUAUGUCUCAUUAGUACUUACUUGAUCCAUUAUGCUAAUUUACUUACUCCAGCAAGCCUUGCCCAGUUCAUCUCAUUAAGACUAUCCCUGCAGCUCUGGACAUGGCAUUCUGUCAUUAAUCUUUUGUCUUUAUUUUUAUAGACAAGCUUUUACUAAUUAGAUUAGGUGAUAUCUGUAAUCCUGGGCUCUUAAUAAGUUACCAAGCAUGUUUUUUUUUUAUUAAGAAGCUACACAACUCAUGCUUUAUAUAUUUGUUAUUUACUACUAUAUUAUUAGAAAAUAAUGGCUGUUAAGUACCAGUAGCUAAGGAAUUUCCCAUGCCCUUGUUUUUUUUUACAAUUCAGUGAGUUGGCCGUUGUUCAUUAUGCUUUUCAUUUAUCAUCAAGACCUUUUUCUAUCUUUAAAAACGUUUGUUUUCACCAAAAAAAAAAAUGUUUCUUCAAAGUUUAUUAAAUACUUUUCAUUAAGCAAAUAGCUAACCAUAAUGACCAAAGCUCAUUUCUGCCUCUCUUCUCUAUAUUUCAGAGUAGGUCUGUGUGCCUCUCUUCUCCUUCCACCCAGACACCCAGCCAUAUAGUGGUGUAAGAACAAGGGAUUUGUUUCUUUCCCAGCUUAGACCUGGGUACAAGACAGCAAUAUUGCUGUGGAUUUACAAAUCCUCUUCCACCUACAAGUAGGGAAGGAUUGGAAGUCCUGGGAAAUAAGCAUUGAAUCUGUUGGAUCCCUUCCAUUCACCAGUCGAUUAGCUGAAACAACCAUGUAUGUCCAGCCUAAAGGAAAUGGCUGUGGGAGCUGAGAAUGAGAAGUGAGAAUUUGGGAAACUGUCCAGGUCAUUGUAUCUCACUUGUAUAAUGUGAAUGAUAAAAAUUGUUGUGCCUACUGCUCAAGGUCUUGAGGACCAUAGUCAGUAUGUCAGCAGGAUAUAGUAGCACCUGUCUCACAAAUGGUGCAUGGAUAAGUCUGUUGUCUUCCCCAUACAGUGUAACUCCACAUUAACACUCGUGUGUGUGUGUGUGUGUGUGUGUGUGUGUGUGUGUGUGUGUGUGUGUACAUACACAUAGGCACUUCUACAUUUGUAGGUUUCGAUAUGACUUUUUCUAAAGGUCUUUAGUGUUAUUUAUUCUCUGUUUUCCCUCCUCUGCCCAGCACUUCCAUCCUCCACUUGAAUUCAUUACUUCAUGUUUCAUUAUUCAACCCUUUAUACAACCAUGUUCUAUAUAUUCUCCCUUGAAAACCCACUCCCCCUUACUAAUUUCUAACAUCUAUGGGUGUUUUCAAUAAAAAACACACAUCUGAAGAUUCAAAGUUAACAUCCACAAAUAAGAGAAAACAUGAACUGGUUGUCUUUCUUGGUCUAGAGUUACCUCACUUAGAAUGAUUGUUUCUAGCUUUAUUUCAUUUACCUGUAAAUUUCAUAACAUGUUUUUUUGUAACAGCUGAUUAAAAUUCCAGUAUGUAAAUAUACUUCAUUUUCUGUUGAUGGA